AUGCAGUUCCGAUCAGCCUCAUUCCAAACCUUAGCCAUCGUCAUAUUGGCCGUGCCAUCGGUAUUUGCCGACAUGCACUACGCCGCAACAUGCAUCGGAGUUCGACAAGGCGGCACCUACGAAAUACUUGCGAAUGCCACAGAGUGUGCUUGCACUGCGUACUUAAAUCGCAACACCGGAGACAAACAAUACGAUACCUGCCCAGACUGCACUUUUGACGGCAUGCAAUGUAACUCUGCCGAUUGGCACAUCGGUGGCGAUGAGUGGAACUACUAUUGUGAGGAUAAAUGCGGCGCGCGGGGAUCGGUAGCAAACUAG